AUGAUGCACGGUUUCGCUGUGAGGUUGGAUGAAGUCAGACGCGAUAGCGAUGGUUCCGUAAUUAUACGCCAAAUUGUUUGCAAUCGGGCGGGCUCAAGAAAGGAAGAGGUUGAAAAGGACGAAAGAAUCAGGGACCACCGACCCCUAACUCGAAGUUGUUGCCGGGCGAGAAUUCGUGCAAGACUAGAUACAAAAAUUCAGAAAUGGAAGGUUGUUUCGUUAUACGAAGAGCACUCUCAUGAAUUAGUUGAUCCACUCGACGUUAGCAUGAUGCCUGAGUUUCGCACAUUCAGUGUAUCGGAUAAAGAUCAGGGAAAGAAUUUGCACGACAUAGGCAUCAGGACCUGUCACAUCUUGGGAUACUUGGCUGCUCAAAAAGGUGGAUAUGCAAACUUGUCAUUCAACCAAAAAGAUAUGUACAACCUCAUUACUCAACAUAGGAAGGAAAAGGUGAAGGGUGGUGAUGCAAAUGCUGCAAUAAGCUACCUGAGAGGUAAAGUUGGGAAUGAUUCUUAUUUCUUUGGCAAGUACACAUUAAGUAAUGAGAAUCGAUUGGAAAAUUUGUUCUGGGCUAAUGGGACUAGCCGUAUUGAUUAUGAGUGCUUUGGGGAUGUCUUGACAUUUGAUUCGACUUACAAUAGGAAUAUCUACAAUAAACCACUUGUGAUAUUUUCUGGUAGCAAUCAUCAUGGGCAGACUGUCAUAUUUGGUUGUGGUCUUCUUGUUAAUGAGGAUAUUGGUUCAUACAAGUGGCUCUUGGAAACUUUUUUGGAAGCAAUGGGGAGUAAACACCCUACGGCAGUUGUCACCGACGGAGAUCUUUCAAUGAGAGAAGCAAUUAAACAGGUCUUUCCUUAUGCAACACAUCGACUAUGUGCAUGGCACUUACAUAGGAAUGCAUGCGAGAAGGUUAAGAACAGUGGAUUUCUAAAUGACUUCAAGAAAUUGAUUUAUGCCAAUGUGAGUGUUGUAGAGUUUCAGGUCAUGUGGGAAGACAUGGUGGCCAGGACAACAUCCCAGUGUGAAGGGAUUAACUCUCUAAUAAAAGCAUAUGUGAGAAAGAAAGAUACCCUUGAAUUCAUCAAUAACAUGGAGACCGUGGUUAGCCAUUACAGGAACAAUGAAAGAGUCGCAGAGUUCAAUAGUAAAUAUACCGAUCCAGUACUUGUGACUUCUUUGCCGACACUUGAAGAUUUUGCUGCAAAGACUUUCACUCGUAACAUGUUCCGGGAGGUCAGAAAGGAAAUUGAGGGUGCUUGUGCAAUGAAUACAGAGUUGGUAAUUCACGAUAGUGGAAAACUAUACUUCAAGUGUAACAUUUUUGGAGUGCCAGAGAUUGAUCAUGUGGUUGAGUUUGACAGAGUUAGGGAGAUGCUUCGUUGCGAGUGUCUGUGGUUCGAAAAUAGAGGGAUUCCCUGCAUGCACAUAUUUGUCUGCCUAAAGCACCAACACGUUGAAGUUAUUCCAGAAUGCUUAGUGUGUAAGCGUUGGACGAAGAUUGCCAAGAGUGACUUUAUGAAGACAAACGUCGAUGAUCCAAGUGAUUCUGAUAAGGUACUAAAGUGUCGUUUGGGUGUGUUGGGUGCUGAGUGUUCUAGGUUGAUGGAUGUUGCAUGUAAGAACUCAAGUGAUUUUGUCGAAGCAAUGAAUGUUGUUGUCAACACAAUUAGAAAACUUCAAAAGCGAGGUGAAAAUUCACGCAACGGUAACUUAGACGAUGACUACAUUGUUGACCCAUUGGUGGUGAAGAGUAAGGGAGCCCUCAAGAAAAACUCAAAAUUUAAGCAACAGAGAAGGUGCUCAAACUGCGGUGUGACAGGGCACUACAACAAAAGUUGUCCUAAUCUUCCUGGUAGAAUUCCAAAGGAGCCAGUAGACGAUGAUACAGAAAAGAAUAUCAGCAGCCAUCUUGACAUCUUCACUAAGCGCAAAAGACAUGAUAGUCUGAAAAAUCAGCAGAAGAUGGAAAAAGAUAGGAACAUUGGUGGUGGAAUAGCACCAACCUACGGAAGGUGA